AGAUUAUCUACAGAAAGUGUUCUAUCUUUUUUUAUUUUUCUUGCACACCAUGACUUGGAAGCAGAAUCCUCUACCCGACAAACCAGAAAUUCCAGUGCGAUUACCCCGAGAAGCAGGUGGUGUGGGCACACUUGGCAGGCCUGUAAAUUUAAAAUCAAAUUAUUUUCAAGUGGAAUUUGAGUCAAGGGAAACCAAGCUAUUUCAUUAUGAUAUCAAAAUAAAUGAUGCUGUCAAAGAUGAAGAUGAAAAAGUGGCAACAGCUGCUCCUCUGCCAGUUGGACUUUCCAAACCUGCAGCUGCUGAAGAAAGUGGUGGCAAAGGUAAAAGGCGCAAAAAAGGGCGUGGCAAAGGCCAAAAAGACAGUGAAGCAACCGAGACUACUAAAGAGGAAGCAAUUGCUGGAGUCGCUGCGGUUGGGGGGUCACCAGACCGGGAGAAAAUGACGGAGCGACGGAUCCCCAAAGCCAAGCGUUGCAGGAUCUUUGCCAAUUUUAUUGAAAAAAAUCCUGGGAUAUUCAGCAACUACAGAAUGGCCUAUGAUGGCGAGGCCAAUGCAUAUUGCUCAAAGAAUCCCAGCCAAUUUGUUCUGAAUCAGCCAGUCAAGUUUUUCUUUGUCUUUGAUGAUGAAAUAGACAAUAGGAAAAAGAAGUACUUGAUCGAGUGGAAGCUUGUUCAGAGCGCAAAGAUAUCAGAAUUGCUGGAGCAUCUGCCAAGACUCAAGGCCUUGCCACCCAGGAGCGCCACCAUCUUCCAGAUGCUGGAAGUGAUGUUCAACUAUGAACGAUCCCUCAAAUUUGCAACAGUUGGGCGCAACCAGUUCUAUUCCCAAGAUAACCCUCAGUUUGGCGAAAACUACAGAAUCAGCGACGAUAAGGAGGGCGUGAUAGGAUUUUACUGUUCACUGAGGGCGCGGUGUGGGUGGAAAGACACAGGUUGUCUUAUGCUCAAUCUUGAUGUUUCCCACACGGCCUUCUACACAGUUCAACCCCUUUUGACUUUCUUGCAAAAUACGUCAAUUAUCGACGAUGACAUCCCAAGAACUCUUGACCGGCGUGCCAUUGAUGCCAUUGAAAAGGAGAUUGUGAAGAAAGAUGUGCGGAUCGUGACAAUUCACGGCAACUACGAGCGCCGCUACAAAGUGACGGGCGUGAGUAAGAAGAACUGCUUGACGCACACCUUCACGGUGGAGAAGGAAGGCGUCAGCCGGCAAGUGAACAUCGUCCAGUACUUUCAAGAGCGAUACGACUUCAUGAUACAAUAUCCAGAGUUGAAUUGCAUCAAAGUCGGAACCAAAGAGACUUUACUUCCAAUUGAGGUGUGCAAAAUUGCGCCCAACCAACGAAUUAAGGGGAAGCUGAAGGACGAUGAGACAAAAAACUUCAUAAAGCAGACGGCAGUGAAGCCCCAAUUGCGUUUCCAGCAAGUGAACAAUAUUGUGACAGCCAACAACUUCCCUCAGGAUAGGAUGCUGGAGAGUCUCGGUGUCCGCAUAAAGGCCAACCCUGUGGACUUCAAAGGCCGUGUCUUGGAUCCCCCCGUCGUGGAGCUGAUGAACGGCUUUAAGCCCCGCGUGGAGCGCGGCCAGUGGAGGGCAGACCGGGACCGCUUCUUGCAGCCCGCCGCCCUCGAUCAUUGGGCUGUCCUCAACUUCAGCCGCGCCAAAAACCUUGAUGACUUCAUUUACGAGCUGAUGAUGAGUGCGCGUCAACGAGGCAUGGAUGUCUAUGAACCCUACCACGUGAGCCAGCCGCUGCGGCCUGAGGAGGCUGAAAGGAGGCUCAUUGAAGCGCAUUCCAAGAACAAGGAUGUUAGAAUUAUCGUCUGCGUCAUCGAGAAAGAAGGAAAUCAGUACAAGAUCAUCAAGGAGACCGGUGAUCGAGUGUUGCGGGUGAUCACUCAGUGCGUUCUGUCUAAAAACGCCUGCCGCCCCAACCCAGCCACUAUUGGCAACAUCCUGCUCAAGAUGAACGCCAAGCUCGGAGGAGUCAAUCAUAAAUCUUUCUAUACUGCACCGCCGUAUCGUCAGCUGUUCGCCGAGCCCAUCCUCGUGAUGGGCGCGGACGUGAACCACCCGCCAUCGCAAGACCGGUCAACGCCGUCGCUGGUGGCGGUUGUGGGGUCGCUUGACCCUAACGCUUGUCGCUACGCCGUCGAGGUGCGCCACCAGGCCCACAGGGUCGAGAUGAUUGAGGAGAUGAAGCUCAUAACAAUGAACCUGUUGAAGCAGUUCUACGCACAGACCAAAAGGAAGCCUACCCGCAUAGUGAUGUACCGAGAUGGUGUGAGUGAGACGCAGUUCAACGCUGUCGUUGCCUACGAACUGCGCGCCAUGCGACAGGCGUGUCUUGAGCUGCAGCCUGACGGCGAAUACAAACCAACCAUGACCUUCAUCUGCGUGCAGAAGCGUCACCAUACACGAUUAUAUGCGGCGGAUUCAAGGGACACCGAUAGGUCUGGCAACGUGCUGGCCGGCACCGUCGUGGACCACACCAUUACCAGCCUAUCCAACCGGGACUUUUUCCUCUGCAGUCAUGCAGGCAUACAGGGGACGAGCAAGCCGUCCCAUUACACGGUACUGUGGGACGACUGCGACAUGCACAUGAACCAGUUACAACUCCUGACGUACUCCCUAUGCCACAACUACGCGCGCUGCUUCAGGAGUGUGUCCAUACCAACACCCGUGUACUACGCGCAUCUUGCCGCCGCUAGAGCGAAGGUGCACUUGGCAGGAGCCCAAUGCAAGGAUCCUGGGAGAUGGGGGCUGCUGGCGCUCAACAGCUCUACUGGCUCCUUCAACGAGGAUGACUUGAUAGAAGCGACACGCGUCGAGCGCGGCACGCCUGGUCUCAGUAACCAAAUGUUCUACCAGUGAAUUGGUCGAAAGGAAAGCCGUUUACUUCUUAAUCUUCAUUAGCUUUUUUCUAUUUAUUCGACACAUGUAUAAACUUUUUUUUUUAACUUGUUGAA